CACAAAAGACCCUUCUUCUCCCUGCAAGCCAUCUCGUGCAUCAAAAGGCUUGCAAAAUUAAAAAAUAAUAAUAAUAUUUUUAAAAUUCAAACCGGGAGAAAAACAAAUAUCCCAACAGUCCACUUUCCAUCCAGGAUGAACAACCUCAGCCCUGAAAACCACCGCUUGGUGCUGAACGAUGGCAACCGCAUGCCCUUGGUUGGGCUGGGGACUUAUGCGGAUCCCAAACAGACACCCAAAGGCACUUGCGCAGAAGCCGUGAAAACAGCCAUCGACGUGGGUUAUCGCCAUAUCGACGGUGCCUAUGUGUAUUACAACGAGCAUGAAGUCGGAGAAGCCAUCCGGGAGAAAAUCACUGAGGGAAAACUCAAGCGUGAAGACAUAUUUUAUUGCGGCAAAUUAUGGAACACAUGUCACCCACCAGACCUGGUGCGUCCAACUCUGGAGAGGACACUGAAGAUUUUACAGCUGGACUAUGUUGAUCUCUACAUCAUUGAACUGCCAAUGGCUUUUAAGCCUGGAGAGGUCAUCUAUCCUAUGGAUGAAAAUGGGAAAUGGCUGUACCAUGAGACAGACUUAUGUGCCACUUGGGAGGCUCUGGAAGCAUGUAAAGAUGCAGGGCUGACAAAAUCCAUUGGUGUGUCCAACUUUAACCGUCGGCAGCUGGAGAUGAUUCUGAACAAACCAGGUCUGAAGCACAAACCUGUUAGCAACCAGAUUGAGUGCCAUCCAUAUUUUACCCAAUCCAAACUUUUGGAUUAUUGCAGACAGCACAAGAUUGUCCUUGUUGGAUACAGUCCUCUAGGGACCUCAAGGGACGCAAGCUGGGUAAAUGUGUCUUCACCUCCACUCCUGGACGACCCUGUUCUGAAUGCCAUUGGAGAAAAAUACAACAAGACAGCAGCUCAAGUGGCACUCCGCUUCAACAUACAGCGAGGGGUGGUGGUCAUUCCCAAAAGCUUCAAUCCAGAACGUAUUAGAGAAAACUUCCAGAUAUUUGACUUUUGCCUCACCGAGAAAGAAAUGGAUGAAAUAGAAGCUCUGAAUAAAAAUAUCCGCUAUGUGGAGCUGUUGAUGUGGAAGGAUCACCCCGAGUACCCAUUUCAUGAGGAAUAUUGAAAAUAAGGAGCAAGCGUGUAUUUAAUCUGAGUAGUUAUGGUUUACUUUUAAACAUUUUUGUAUCUAACGACAGCAAUAUUUUACUCUUUCUCUAGAUCACAUAGAGUUCUUGGAAAAGCUGCUCUUUCUUUUUACCCCAACUCCCAGAAUCCCCCAAGUACUGUGGUUCAAAAAAAGUAGUCAAGCUCUAGUCACACGACCCUUGCAGUGCUCCAGUUCUCAAAUGACAUCUUCCAUCAUGAAUGUGAAAAACAAGGCCCAGUUUGAGAAAUGCAUUGUUAUUCCAUUUUUCAAAAUGUAGCUAGAUUUUUUUUAAGGAUCGUGAUUUACAUUUUUAUAUAAAUAGCCAGAAUUGAUUUCACUGGAGAUCUGAAUAGCAGAAGAUCUUUUACUGGCUUUUUUGAAACUUGCUAUAGCUAACAAACAUUAAAGAAUAUUUCUGACUCAACAACCUCUGAUGAACCCUAAUGGUUGGAUGAAGAGUCAGGAAACAAUACAUGAGGAUGGCACUGAUUCAAAACAAAUCUGGAUGUGAAUUUUGGAAACAAUCUUUUUUGAAAAAACAGGCAAUCAUCCUCUAGAUCAGAAUGUUCCCUGAUCUUGGCACUCCUGCCCACAUUAUGCUGUUUGCAUAAAAAGGAAUCCUGGAGCAAUGCCAUCUUUUCCUUUAGAGCAGGGUUGAGGUACCUCAAGCCCUUGGAUCAAGACCAGCCCCGUGUCUCGAUGCAUGUGCCCUUCUUCCCAAGAUACCUCUGUCCCAUGACUUCCUCUCUCUGCUAAAAGGUUGAAAUGUCUUUCCUAAGGCUUUGUUAACUAGCAGUAGGAGUUUCAAGGAAAAAUAUCCUAAUGUUUCUCACUGGUAUAUAGCCCCUGAGAAGUUCUCCUGAAGAAUGCACCCCACUGUUGCUUCAAAAGUGAAGUCAACAAUCAGUUGUGUAAGCUCAAAAUAAUGUAGAGGUUGAGUAUCCCUUAUCUGGAAAUUCUGAAUUGCCUAGAUGGGUGGCUGAAAUAAUAACACCUUUGUUUUCUAAUGGUUGAGCGUUCAUGCACAAACUUAUUAAAAUAUUGUAUAAAAUGACCUUCAGGCUGUGUGUAUAAAGUGUCUGUGAAGUAUAAUUGAGUUUUGUGUUUCAACUUGGUCCCAUCUCCAUGUACAUCUCAUUAUGUACAUAUAUGAAAAUCCAAAAUCCAGAACAUUUCAGGUUCCAAGCAUUUGGGAUAAGGCAUGCUCAACCUGUACUAUGGUCCAGGCCUUUUCCAACUACAGAAUUCCACUUUAACUAUCAUGGUUGCAUCCUAUGACAUCCUAGUUGAGGCACCAGAGCUCUCUGCUUGUGAAUUCUGAAUGCCCCUACCUGAACUACAAAUUCCAGCAUUCGAUCAGAUGAAAAUUUGGCGGUUACUGGAAUCAUAGCAUUGUAAAUGUAUAAUGUCUAUUCUUAGCUAUGCAUAACAGAAAGCUCAACAACUACUGCCUUGUCAGCAAUGUACACUGACCAGCAUUUUCAUAAGUGCAUUUUUCAGUGCAUGAAUAAAUGUGGUGAUGCACAUCCA